AUGGAAAAGACAAUUUUCAUUUGUGUAAUAGUGCUUGUGGGGUUGUUCACCUCAGAACUAAGGGUAGCUGUUGGGGAGUCCGGGGGUGACCCAACAGUAGCCUCAGCAAAUUGGCAGCAUGCUCAUGCAACUUUCUAUGGUGGAAGUGAUGCCUCAGGAACUAUGGGGGGUGCAUGUGGAUAUGGAAAUCUAUACAAAGAUGGUUAUGGAAUAAAAACAGCUGCAUUGAGUACUGCUUUGUUUAAUGAUGGUAAAUCAUGUGGUGGUUGCUAUGAGAUUGUUUGUGAUGCACGUCAAGUUCCCCAAUGGUGCCUCAGAGGAACUUCCAUAAGAAUUACUGCCACUAAUUUCUGUCCCCCAAACUUUGAUCUCCCUAGUGACGAUGGCGGUUGGUGUAAUCCUCCUAGACCACAUUUUGACUUGUCUCAACCAGCUUUUCAAAUGAUCGCGAAAUAUAAAGCUGGAAUUGUUCCAAUCCUUUACAGAAAAGUUGGGUGCAAAAAAAGUGGAGGCAUAAGAUUUACAAUCAAUGGAAGAGACUAUUUUGAACUAGUGCUUAUAAGCAAUGUAGGGGGAGUAGGGGAUAUUUCCAAAGUUUGGAUCAAAGGGUCUAAAAUGAAAAAAUGGGAAUCCAUGUCAAGGAAUUGGGGUGUUAACUGGCAAAGCUUAAGAUAUCUAAAUGGUCAGAGCCUAUCCUUCAGAGUACAACUCAGUAAUGGAAAGACUCGUACAGCUAUUAAUGUGGUACCCUCUAGUUGGAGAUUUGGUCAGUCUUUCACCAGCAAGGUUCAGUUCUGA